GGGAGUUCAAAGUUCACCUACAUCUAUGUUCGCUUCACAUUUUCGUCAAUAGGUAGUUGCGAAAAUUCACACGACUACCGUACUCCAUCGCGAAGUCGUCACCGGAAUAUUCAAACACCCUAAACGAAUGGCCUUUUUUAUGAGCCUUUGCCAAAAAUAUAUACAUCAACAGGCAGGCCAUUAAACUGCAAAUUCACCCGCGCCGGGCUGUGGAGGGGAAUUUGCAUACAACACAUAUAUAUGGCUUUACAACACGUGACGUUGUUUAAGAUCAUAACCUAACUAUAUGGAUACCUUCUGCAACACGCAUGCUGAGCUCGAAAUAGGCAGUUUCGUAAGGUAAUUUUGGACGCAGAAUCCAAACCUGCGCUGAAAACAUGCUGUGAUAUUACAAUGGAUGAUGAGAUAGCAAUAGGUCGCGCGAAACGACGCGUGAAACGAUGCAGACUUAAACUCAUACUUGCUGAACGCAGCUGGCUUUUACAAGAAUUCACGAGUUAUAACUUAUGUUUUGGACAUAAAACCACACACAUUCUUCACUUUUAAGAAAAUAUCAUGGUUGUUUUGUUUGAUAUUUUUCACAUAUUAUCAGAGCCUUUUGAGAAGUGAUUUCGUAUGGGAUUAAUAUUAUAGAGAUUCCAAAAUCCAGACUAUAAUGCUAAGAUUCUGGACUAAUACAGUGAUACAGAUCGCGGGAUUAUCAGUCCCAUUGGGGAUGGUGGGGUCUGGACCGAGAAAAUUUAGGGCAGGUUGAACUUAAGAAUCUUUUUGUUCAAAUCGUACGAAAUGUACCCAAUCUGAAAUGGACUCCGGCCACCUUUGAGGUAUGGUUGUGUCUAUGUGUGUAGGGCUUUUGAUGUCCAACGUGUUCUUUCGCGAUUGCCAAUGACGGAGUUUUUGUAGUUGACCUCGUUUGACACCAAACCACCUCCGGUAAAAGUCUCUGAAACGAUCAUGGUUCUAGUUUAACUGGAGCCUCAUAAACAUAACGAGACGAGGCAGAUAGUGCUCCUACCCCCUCCAGGGUGCGAGACUGACAGACCUAGAGCGCGGGGUUAGAGCGAGCAUGCCGCGUUUCUUGUACUUUUAUCUCAUUGUUAGGUCAGACGCGUACGGUUUGAUCAGUGGCAAUAGCUUUCUCAGAAUCCUCCUGAAUACCUCAUAAUUUUUAUUUGAAGCACCCGCUCCUGAGGGAGGAUUUUUAUUUGCCUCCCUGCUCAUCAAUAUAACCGCAAUACCUAUAUUUGAUUUAUUUUGCAUUUUCCAAUGUAAGUGUUCCGUGACGUAUGCAACACACUUAUGUGAGCAAAUGUUUGUGUAAUUUAUGCUGCGGAAGCUUGAAACACUCUGCUUUAAAAAGGUGUGCGGUUAUUGAGCUGCUACCCCGAACAUUAGGCGAAAGAUAACACUAUGACAUUGGUUUCUCCACCAUGGUUUCUUUAUGGCAUUUACCACAGGAGCUAUUUUCGAGGCGUUUAUUGGCUUGGGGAACGGGAGUAUCACAUGGUCCAUAAUGGUGCACCGGUUCAAAUUUCAACCAAUGCACUUCUCGUGAACAGGACCUUGCCGCCCUCUGGUCCAACCACAUUCUUGUAUUCACACCAGUAGAGGUGCCACGGUGGUUGUCAUGACGACGGCGAUCGCCACAAGUGCAGCGAAGAAGCGUAGUGCUGUCACAAGAAGUUGACAGCGUAAUUUGGACUCGAAAGUUAUCCAAAGUGAUAUCGGCUGGAGCUUCGGGGUUAGUUUCUACCCCCUGGCCUUGCUCGGUCAGUGAUAUCCAUAAAACCAGACUCAGGCACACACAAGGAAAAUAAUCUGAAAAGUGACGUGCAUUCUAGCAUACUUACCCCUCUGAGGUAACGAAAGAAGAAAAGAUAACGAUGCGAUGGUAGAAAGAGGAGUGAGCUUGUGUGGUUGAAGGGGUCGGUUCGGCCGAGACGGAGAGGGCCGUGCAGGGCACCGACGGACCGAGGGCGGCCCGUGGUGGGCGGAUGCACUAAUCAGCGAGCGUCGGGCCACAAAUCGGUGGCGGCCAAUGGCAGGCCACCAGUGAUGAAGGCAAUGAGCGUGGCGGCGCUGCCGGACGCCGGAGGUGAGGCAGCGCCGGCGGCGGGAGGCGAGCCGCUGGCCGGAGCGACACGGACGGCGCCAUGGGGUGGCCGCGCACCGCGCUGCUGCUGCUGAUGCUACUGGCCCUGCUGCCGCUGCUGCCGCCCGCCUCCGCCAGCCUGCCAAAGUACUGGUACAAGCUGAAACGGCGCCUGCGUAACCACGUGUACAACAACCACCCAAUCCGCGGAGAGUAUCGAAACAACGAAACGAAACAGUAUUACCAGAACGACAACAAGGCGCACAUAGUGAAGGCAUCCCACUUCGAAUCCAUGUACGAACUGGGCCACAAGAUAUCAUUUAUAUGCGUGGCCAGAGGCAACCCUAGGCCGACAAUCACAUGGCGCAAGGACGGACAGGAGAUACCUUCGCACAAAUUCCUGAAGCUUUGGGAGUGGAAGCUGACCGACAGCCGGUUGAAGUCCAAGAUGGAGAUCGACCCCGCCUCCCAGAUGGACAAGGGCAUAUACCAGUGCAUGGCCGACAACAAAUACGCGAUUGACGUGCGUGCCUUCCGCACGUCGUACGGCGAGAACUAGGCUGCGCCUCACCCACUUAUAUGUAGUACGCGACGGCGUGGUCCGAGCCGAAUGUCAGCUGCACGGUAUUAUAGCACGCCAAGGAUGUGAUGCGUCAUUGGGUGCGAAGAAACGUGCCAUGCCGAUGAGCGCCCUCGUCGAAUGAGUGAUACGCAAAACCUGUGAACCGGUGUGGCGUCGUGCGCCUCUUGGGCAGUUUUUUGUUUGUUCGCGUUGCGUGUACACGUUUUGGCUGGCAUUUAAUGGUGCACACGCCGUCACAGCGGUGAGGAAGAAGGUCGCUUUCAAUAAAAGAGCAGCAAACCAA